GCCGGGCCGGGAGACGCCGCCUUCCUCUGAGCCCGGACGGGGCUGCUGUCCGCGGGUGGAGGAGGAGGAGGAGAGUCUCUAGGUGGAAGGCGCUGCUUCCUCCGGGCUCGUCCUUACCUGCACACCUGGGAGAGGAGCCUCCCUCUGCCCUUGCCCCGUCCUCCCCCCCCCGCCCCCCCGCCAGCCCGCCUCUGCGCCUCCACUUGCCGGAGGGAUUCCCUCGGCCCCCGCUGCGUGCUGGGCUGGAGAUUGCUGCUCACUUGUUGCCUGGCAUUUCCCCUCUGAUGGAGUCUGAGAUGCUGCAGUCGCCUCUUCUGGGGCUUGGGGAGGAGGAUGAGUCUGACCUGACUGACUGGAACUUGCCUCUGGCCUUUAUGAAGAAAAGGCAUUGUGAGAAGAUCGAAGGCUCCAAGUCUUUGGCUCAGAGCUGGAGGAUGAAGGACCGGAUGAAGACUGUUAGUGUUGCCUUAGUUUUGUGCCUAAAUGUCGGUGUGGACCCUCCUGAUGUAGUGAAAACUACUCCCUGUGCCCGUCUGGAGUGUUGGAUCGAUCCUCUGUCAAUGGGUCCUCAAAAAGCUCUGGAAACAAUUGGUGCAAACUUACAGAAGCAGUAUGAAAACUGGCAGCCAAGAGCCAGGUACAAGCAGAGUCUUGAUCCUACGGUGGAUGAAGUUAAGAAACUGUGUACAUCUCUGCGUCGAAACGCCAAGGAAGAGCGGGUACUUUUCCACUACAAUGGACAUGGUGUCCCCAGGCCAACAGUAAAUGGGGAGAUCUGGGUCUUCAAUAAGAACUAUACUCAGUAUAUUCCUCUCUCCAUAUACGACCUGCAAACUUGGAUGGGCAGUCCUUCCAUUUUCGUCUAUGAUUGCUCUAAUGCUGGCCUUAUUGUCAAGUCAUUCAAACAAUUUGCACUACAGAGGGAGCAAGAGUUGGAGGUGGCUGCAAUUAACCCAAACCAUCCACUUGCUCAAAUGCCUUUGCCGCCAUCGAUGAAGAACUGCAUACAGCUGGCAGCAUGUGAAGCCAAUGAAUUGCUACCCAUGAUCCCUGAUCUGCCAGCUGACCUUUUCACAUCAUGCCUUACUACGCCGAUCAAAAUUGCUCUGAGAUGGUUCUGUAUGCAGAAGAGUGUCAGACUGGUGCCAGGAGUCACACUGGAUUUAAUAGAGAAGAUUCCUGGAAGACUGAAUGACAGGAGAACUCCCCUGGGAGAGCUGAAUUGGAUCUUCACCGCUAUCACAGACACCAUUGCAUGGAAUGUCUUGCCUAGAGAUCUUUUCCAGAAGCUCUUCAGGCAAGACCUGCUUGUGGCCAGUUUAUUUCGUAACUUUCUCUUGGCAGAAAGAAUUAUGAGAUCUUACAACUGUACCCCUGUCAGCAGCCCUCGUCUACCUCCAACGUACAUGCAUGCGAUGUGGCAAGCAUGGGACCUUGCAGUUGAUAUUUGCCUUUCCCAGUUACCUACAAUUAUAGAGGAAGGAACUGCUUUUAGGCACAGUCCCUUCUUUGCGGAGCAGCUGACUGCUUUCCAGGUGUGGCUGACCAUGGGUGUGGAGAACCGCAAUCCCCCGGAGCAGCUCCCCAUCGUCCUGCAGGUGCUGCUGAGCCAGGUACAUCGGCUGCGGGCUCUUGAUUUGCUGGGAAGAUUUUUGGACCUGGGUCCCUGGGCAGUUAGCUUGGCCCUGUCUGUUGGCAUUUUUCCGUAUGUGCUGAAGCUACUUCAAAGUUCAGCUCGUGAGCUGAGACCACUCCUUGUCUUCAUCUGGGCCAAAAUUCUGGCAGUGGACAGUUCAUGCCAAGCUGACCUUGUGAAGGACAACGGUCACAAGUAUUUCCUUUCAGUUCUGGCAGAUCCUUAUAUGCCAGCUGAACACAGGACAAUGACGGCUUUUAUCCUGGCUGUAAUUGUUAACAACUACAACACUGGACAGGAAGCUUGCCUUCAAGGAAACCUGAUUGCUAUUUGCCUGGAGCAGUUAAAUGAUCCACAUCCUCUUCUGCGUCAGUGGGUGGCCAUUUGUUUAGGACGUAUUUGGCAGAACUUUGACUCAGCCAGGUGGUGUGGUGUGAGAGAUAGCGCUCAUGAAAAACUCUACAGUCUUCUCUCGGAUCCAAUCCCAGAGGUUCGCUGUGCUGCAGUCUUUGCACUGGGAACAUUUGUGGGCAACUCAGCUGAACGGACCGAUCACUCCACCACCAUUGAUCACAAUGUAGCUAUGAUGUUGGCCCAGCUCAUCAACGAUGGGAGCCCCAUGGUUAGAAAGGAGCUGGUGGUGGCUUUAAGUCACCUGGUGGUUCAGUAUGAGAGCAACUUCUGCACCGUCGCCUUGCAGUUCAUGGAAGAAGAGAAGAACUACCCUCUCCCUUCUCCAGCUGCCACAGAGGGUGGGAGUUUGACACCAGUGCGAGAUGGUCCAUGUACACCGAGGCUGCGGUCUGUCAGCUCUUAUGGGAACAUCCGAGCAGUUACCACAGCUAGGAACCUGAACAAGUCCUUGCAGAACCUCAGCCUGAAUGAAGAAUCUGGAAGCUCUGUUGCAUUUUCUCCUGGGAAUCUCAGCACCAGCAGCAGUGCCAGCAGCACCUUGGGCAGCCCUGAGAAUGAAGAGUAUAUCCUGUCGUUUGAGACUAUUGACAAGAUGAGACGAGUCAGCUCUUACUCUUCUCUGAAUUCACUAAUAGGUGUGAGUUUCAACAGUGUUUAUACCCAAAUUUGGAGAGUACUCCUUCACCUAGCUGCCGACCCCUAUCCUGAUGUCUCCGACUUGGCUAUGAAAGUUCUCAACAGUAUUGCCUACAAGGCAACAGUAAACGCUCGCCCCCAGCGCAUCCUCGACACCUCCUCACUGACUCAGUCUGCCCCUGCCAGCCCCACCAACAAGGGCAUGCACAUCCAUCAAGUGGGAGGGUCACCUCCAACCACUAGUACAAGCAGCUCCAGCCUGACAAAUGAUGUGACAAAACAGCCAGUCAGUCGGGACAUCACAUCUGUAAGACCUGCCAAUGUCGGCAACAUGGGGGUUCAGUAUACUCCCCACUCCCACCAAUUCCCCAGGACAAGAAAAAUGUUUGACAAAGGGCCAGAACAGACUACUGACGAUGCCGAUGAUACCGUUGGACACAAAAGUUUCAUUUCGGCCACAGUGCAGACGGGGUUUUGUGACUGGAGUGCGAAGUAUUUUGCUCAGCCAGUCAUGAAGAUCCCAGAAGAGCAUGACUUGGAGAGCCAGAUUCGCAAGGAGAGAGAGUGGCGGUUUCUGCGCAAUGCUCGUGUCAGGAAGCAAGCCCAGAAGAUCAUCCAGAAGGGUAUUUCCCGGCUGGAUGAUCAGAUCUUCCUCAACAGGAACCCGGGCGUCCCCUCCGUGGUGAAGUUCCACCCGUUCACGCCCUGCAUUGCCGUAGCCGACAAAGACAGCAUCUGUUUUUGGGACUGGGAGAAAGGGGAAAAGCUGGACUAUUUCCACAAUGGGAACCCUCGAUACACCAGGAUCACAGCAAUGGAGUACCUGAAUGGACAGGACUGCUCCUUGCUGCUGACUGCCACAGAUGAUGGUGCCAUCAGAGUAUGGAAGAACUUUGCAGACCUGGAAAAGAACCCAGAGAUGGUCACUGCCUGGCAGGGGCUGUCAGACAUGCUGCCAACUACACGAGGUCUGGCCCGAAGGGUUUCAAUCUAUCUUGACAGAAGUAAACAGGGAGGAGCAGGAAUGGUAGUCGACUGGGAACAAGAAACCGGGCUCCUGAUGACAUCGGGAGAUGUGAGGAUAAUCCGGAUCUGGGACACAGAUCGGGAAAUGAAAGUACAGGAUAUCCCCACUGGAGCUGACAGCUGUGUGACCAGCCUCUCGUGUGAUUCUCAUCGUUCAUUAAUUGUGGCGGGGCUGGGUGACGGCUCCAUCCGCGUGUUUGACAGGAGGAUGGCUCUGAGUGAAUGCCGUGUCAUGACCUACCGAGAGCACACAGCCUGGGUGGUGAAAGCAUACUUGCAGAAACAUCCAGAAGGCAACAUCAUGAGUGUCAGUGUAAAUGGAGAUGUGCGGUUCUUUGACCCCCGGAUGCCAGAGUCCAUGAAGGUCCUUCAGAUAGUCAAAGGGCUGACGGCCCUUGACAUUCACCCCCAAGCCAACCUCUUUGCAUGUGGCUCAAUGAAUCAGUUCACUGCAAUCUACAACGGAAACGGGGAGCUGAUCAACAAUAUCAAAUACUACGAUGGUUUUAUGGGACAAAGAGUUGGAGCCAUCAGCUGCCUGGCUUUCCAUCCUCACUGGCCUCAUCUGGCAGUCGGAAGCAAUGACUACUACAUCUCGGUGUACUCAGUGGAGAAGCGGAUCAGAUAACGGCUCGUGGCAGCGGCACUGGAGAAGGGAGUCCCAGCAGGCAGGGCCGUGUCUCACCCAUAAUGUACAUAGUGAAAUUAUCGACUUGAAUGUUUAGUGUUGGCUGCUGCUGCAACCCAUAACUUGAACAUUUUUUUUUCCUGACUUAGCUACUGAUGAUUUUGACAAGGGGAAAAGAGACAAUCUCCUUUUUUG